GUGAGCUGCUGCCCAGCUGUGUGCUGACAUGAUGACAGCUAGCAAGGCGGCCGAUGUGAGCAGCAGGUCUGAGAGCAGUGUCUGCAAGUCUGCUGAGAGGAUCAAACUUGCAGAUAAAAACAGUACAGCGGCUGUGAAGGAAUUAGGAAGACUUCUGUGUGGAUCUUCAAGUGAGAGAUGUUCUGAAGGUGCCUCAGUCACCCUGAGUUUAACACCUGAAGCUGAACCAGUUUCUUGCGUGGUGAAGAACCCUCUGGGAGCCUUGGAGAACUUGAUGCUCGAUCCAAGGCUAGACUGCUUUCAGCAGAACAUGCUGAGUCCCAAAAUGAUCAUCAGUGACCCAUCUGUGGAUCUGAACGUUAAAGAAACCAGUAGAAUCAUCAGGAAACAGAUAGGAGGUACUCAGAGUACACGGACACCUGGAAAAAUUGGCUUGAGGAAUAAGUCCUUCAGCAUCAAGGACAAAAUUUCAGAGUGGGAAGGGAAAAAGGAAAUGCAGUCUGCUCCUCGUCGAGAGGAGGAGCAAGGAACUAAAGAGGAGCACAAGAUACCAUGUGUAGUUGAGAAGACGAGUGGAGAAGCACUGACGUCUCGGAAAGUGGAGACCAAGAGACUUAAGAACUGGGAGCUGGAGUGCAAAGGGGCAGGCAAAGAGAAUGAGCGGAAGGCAGGAACUCCGAAAGGCAUGGGGCAGGGAGCACAGCGGAAAGGGGAAACAGAGAAGGAUGAGGAAGUGCAGUCCAGCCUUGGAAAAUGCAAAGAAGUGAAAGGUGGGAAGUGGGAGGUCCAGAAGGAGAAUCUUUCGGUUCUUAGUCAGGUCAAGAAGCUGGAGCAGGCUUUGAAGGAUGGCUCAGCAGAGCUGCAGCCACAGUUGCCUGGUACUUACUACUCCCCACAGUGCUUGCAGGAGAAGGCAGCACAAGGACACGCUGCUCCAGAGGGCCAUGAGAGCAUAUGUGGAACUGAGCUCAACAAAAGGCUUCUUCGUUUGGACUCUGAAAUCAGCGAGCCAAUUUUUGGGACUCUAGAAGAGGUAAGAACUUCUCAUGUGAAAUCCAAGGACUGCACUACAGAAAAUGUGUACACAGAACCAGGGGUGCCAGAGAAGAAACCUUUCAUCAACCCACUGCCAAAGCCCCGGCGGACUUUCAAACAUGAGGGGGAAGAGGACUGGGUGCCAGCAGCUAGGAAUAAAAGAAACUUGCCCCCUCUGCCAUCCAUUCCUCCCCCUCCUCUCCCCUCCUCUCCUCCUCCAUCAGCUGUCAGCAGGAGGCUUUGGAGCGGGAAGCACAAGAACAACGCUGACCACAGGAAGUCAUACGAGUUUGAAGACUUGCUGCAGUCGUCAUCAGAGAAUGGAAGGGUGGAUUGGUACGCGCAGACCAAGCUGGCCCUCACACGCACUUUAUCGGAGGAGAACGUCUAUGAAGACAUACUGGAUCCACCAUCUAAGGAAAACCCUUAUGAAGACAUUGAGACCAACAGCCGCUGUUUGGGGAAGAAAUGUGUCCUGACCUUCCCAGCAUCCCCCACUUCUUCAGUACCUGGGACUCCCACUAAGUUGCUUUCCAAGCCCACUUUUUUUCGACAAAACUCAGAGCGGCGGAGUUUCAAACUGCCAGACAUAAGGAAACUGAGCCGUGAUGGAACCGGGUCACCAUCCAAAAUCAGCCCUCCCUCAACUCCCAGCAGUCCAGAUGACACCUUCUUCUCCUUGGGAGAUCCUCAGAAUGGCAAGAGGAGAAGGAAGAUUCCCAAGCUUGUGUUGAAAAUCAAUGCCAUUUAUGAGGCACGGAGGGGAAAGAAACGUGUCAAGAGACUAUCUCAGUCUACAGAGAGCAAUUCAGGAAAAGUUACAGAUGAAAAUAGUGAAUCAGACAGUGAUACUGAAGAGAAGCUGAAAGCUCACAGCCAGCGCCUUGUCCAUGUGAAAUCUCGCCUGAAGCAAACGCCACGGUAUCAAACCUUGGAACGGGACUUGAUUGAGUAUCAAGAGAGGCAGCUGUUUGAGUACUUCGUCGUGGUGUCACUGCACAAGAAGCAGGCUGGAGCUGCCUACGUCCCUGAGGUUACCCAGCAGUUCCCUUUGAAGCUUGAGCGCUCGUUCAAAUUCAUGCGUGAGGCAGAAGAUCAGUUGAAAGCUAUUCCCCAGUUUUGCUUUCCCGAUGCGAAGGACUGGGCCCCCAUCCAUCAGUUUGCCAGUGAGACAUUCUCAUUUGUCCUGACCGGUGAAGAUGGAAGCAGGCGUUUUGGAUACUGUAGGAGGCUGCUGCCCAGUGGGAAAGGGAAGCGCCUCCCAGAAGUUUACUGCAUUGUGAGUCGCCUCGGAUGCUUCAAUCUCUUUUCUAAGAUCUUGGAUGAGGUUGAGAAGAGACGAGGCAUUUCCCCAGCCUUGGUGCAGCCUCUCAUGAGGAGCGUCAUGGAGGCACCUUUCCCAGCUUUGGGCCGGACAAUUACAGUCAAGAACUUCUUGCCAGGCUCAGGAACAGAGGUCAUUGAGCUGCGGCGGCCUCUUGACUCCAGGCUUGAGCACGUUGAUUUUGAGUCCUUGUUUGCAUCCCUCAGCGUGCGGCACCUGAGCAGGGUCUUCGCCUCCCUGCUCCUGGAAAGAAGGGUGAUCUUCAUCGCAGACAAGCUCAGGUACCCUCUUGCAUUAUUUUCAACAAAAUGCUGCUAAGGAAGGGAGGCUGAG